UGCAGUGAAACUUGAUGAAAUUGAAGAAAACAAGACAUGAUGAAAGGAGGUUGUCUUGACACCAAUCAAUUUAAUCACUGUGUGGCUACCUUUCCAUACUAGCUGAUAUCAUGCCAUCCAAGAAAGCUGAUUCAAAAGCGGUUGCCAAGAAAGGCAAAUCACAGGAGACAAAGAAGGGAGCAAAGGACACUAAAAAGGCAGGGAAGGAUGCAAAGAAAGGAGCAAAGAAACUGGAGGAACCAACUAAGGGAAAGCGGAAGGAUGGUGGGAAGGAAGGUAAGAAAAAUAAACCUGUCAGUGAGUCAGAGGAGGAAUCUGAGGAAGAAAAGUUGAGGAGUGAGGAUGAAGAUAGUGAUGAGAAUGAAGAGGAAGUGGUGGCUAAGGUGUCAGCUCCUCUUGAUAUAGAUAAAGGUCGAGCAGUUGUUAAAAGUGCCUUUAAAGUGACAGCUGUGAAGGGUCCUCAGCCUCCCCCAAGUGAUUCACCUUCUCUGGAUGAUGAGGAUGAGGUACUAGACAAUGGGAAACCACAAGUAAAGAAAGGGAUGGAUGCAAUCAAUCUGAAAAAUGUGAGUGACGUCCAAAUCAAGGGCGCUUCAAAAGUCAUGAUGGGCUUAGCCGCAGAGGAACAGAAGAACGACAUAGCGGAAGGAAAGUUGCAGAAGACGGCUCACGCCAAGAGUCACCUCCGAGGGGCCUCGAAAGUUAUCAGCGGUCUCACAGGAAAGGCCUCUCCAUUUAGUUUCCCAACCAAACAAAAGCAGCCAGAGAAACCUCAACCAAAGAGGAGCCUUAAAAGCACAUCCAAGCUUUUCAUACCUCUCUCUAAGAAAAAUGAGAAACCACUGCCUUUUGGUAAACCUCUUCUAAGCACCACCAAACUUUCAAAUGGACUUGGGCCUAAAUCCACCCCUGAGGAGCAAAAGCCAGGUCCAUCGGGGUUCCAGCUUUUAAAAGGACAUGGGUCAAAAGAAGAUGAGCAAAAGGCCAGUCCCUUGGAUUCCAACCUAGUCAAUGAAAAAGAGAACAGUCCAGACAAUUCCAGUCCUCCUCCCCCUCCCAAAAAGACGCUGGACUUGUCCAGUUUAGGAGGGACGGGGUGCAUGGCCACAGAGGCGAAGGGUUUGAGAGCUAAAUUCAAAGGCAUGUUUGGCCCCAAAAAAGUGGGAUUGAGAUUCAAGACAAAAGGAUGGAUGCUAGCAAGGAUAGCUGCUGCCACCAACUGGUUGAUAGCGGGGCUGCCAAGUUCCAAGGGCCGAGGUCGACUAGGGGCAUGGGCACAGCGUCAAGGACGAAAACGACUGUCAUUUGCAAACCGAUCACCACGGUAUUACAACCACCCUUCGGAUUAUGACGAAGAUGAGUAUGGGUCUGAGGAAGACUACCACAGUGGGCAGCCAGAGGACUUUGAGCACGAUGAUGAUGAUGAUGAUGAUAAUGAUGAUGAGUGGGAAAAUGAAUAUGGUUACUACGACGAAGACGGCAACUUUUAUCCUGAUGAUGAGUUUUAUGAUGAUAGUGAUCUGGAUGACUAUACUUAUCCAUAUGAAGAGUAUGAAGAUAAUUGUAAUGAUGCGGUGGAGUAUUACUAUGGUGAUGAUGGAAAGCUCUAUGCCAUUGUGCACGAGCCAUUAGAUUACUCUGGCAAUGCCAUGGAGACUAUCUACGAUCCAGAUGAAUCUGAAAUGUACACUGAUUCUUAUUUUCAUCAUCAUAUGGGUUAUGACUAUGGCUUGUCAGCACACUAUGUUCAGAGUCCCUAG